GCGUGGCCAGAUCGGAUUGUGGGGCGAAGUUAAACGAAGGCGGGACUUCGAGGCCAGACCGGGCGGGGCUUAGCGAUCUCAAAGACGGCCUGGGUUGCGAGGGAGGGAUCACGCAAAAAGGCUCGCCAGGCGUAGCGAGGGGAGGAGGCUUUGGGAGGUUCUCUGCACGCACCGGGCAGGGUCUCGUGCCGUCGUUGCGGGAGCUACGGUGAGGGGGCGGGGCUUUGCGCCGUCUGGGCGGGCACUGCGGCUAGGGGCGGGGCUUCGCGCCGUCUGGGCGGGCGCUACGGCGAGGGGCGGGCACAGCGUGCGCGCUCCAAAAUGGCGGCGGCCGGUGCGGUCGGUCCGGUGGCGAACGUCUUCCCGUUCCGCGAUGCCCGCGCCGCGCCAGACCCUGUGCUGGAGACCGGCCCGGGUGCUCUCGGCCCACUGCCGGUGCCACUCGUGCUGGACAACGGGUCGUUCCAGGCCCGCGCCGGCUGGGCAUGCCCCGGACCGGACCCGGGCCCCGAGCCGCGCCUGCAGUUCCGCUCCGUGUGCGCCCGCGGGCGGGGCGGGGCUCGAGGCGGGGCGGGCCCGCAGGUGGGCAACGCGCUGGGCAGCCUGGAGCCGCUGCGCUGGAUGCUGCGCUCACCCUUCGACCGCAACGUACCGGUCAACUUGGAGCUGCAGGAGCUGCUGCUGGACUACAGCUUCCAGCACCUGGGUGUGUCCUCACAGGGCUGUGUUGAUCAUCCCAUAGUUUUGACAGAAGCUGUGUGCAACCCACUGUAUUCUCGACAAAUGAUGUCUGAGCUUCUUUUUGAGUGCUAUGGGAUUCCUAAGGUUGCGUAUGGAAUAGACAGCCUCUUCAGCUUCUACCACAAUAAGCCAAAGAACUUGAUGUCCAGUGGGCUCAUCAUUUCCUCUGGAUACCAGUGUACACAUAUUUUGCCCAUCUUAGAAGGGAGGUUAGAUGCUAAAAACUGCAAACGCAUCAAUCUGGGAGGAAGCCAAGCAGCUGGCUACCUCCAGCGCCUCCUGCAGCUGAAGUAUCCUGGGCACCUGGCAGCCAUCACUCUGAGCCGCAUGGAGGAGAUCCUGCACGAGCACAGCUACGUUGCUGAAGAUUAUGUGGAAGAACUGCAGAAAUGGCGGUGCCCUGAUUAUUAUGAAAACAACGUCCACAAGAUGCAGCUCCCGUUUUCCAACAAGCUCCUCGGCAGCACUCUGAGCUCGGAGGAGAAGCAGGAAAGGCGGCAGCAGCAGCUGCGGCGCCUGCAGGAGCUCAACGCCCGCCGGCGGGAGGAGAAGCUGCAGCUGGACCAGGAGCGGCUGGACAGACUGCUUUACGUGCAGGAACUUCUAGAGGACGGCCAGAUGGAUCAGUUUCACAAAGCUCUGGUGGAGCUGAACAUGGACUCCCCAGAAGAGCUGCAGUCCUACAUCCAGAAGCUUAGCUCGGCAGUGGAGCAGGCGAAGCAGAAGAUCCUCCAGUCAGAAGUCACCCUCGAGGUGGAUGUGGUGGACAGCAAGCCAGAGACCCCUGACCUGGAGCAACUUGAACCGUCUCUGGAAGAUGUGGAAAGCAUCAAUGAUUUUGAACCCUUGUUUUCAGAGGAAACCCCAGAAGUGGAGAAGCCAGUGACCACUGUCCAGCCCGUGUUUAACUUGGCAGCCUACCAUCAGCUGUUUGUUGGGACAGAAAGAAUACGAGCUCCAGAAAUUAUCUUCCAGCCGUCCCUCAUAGGGGAGGAGCAGGCUGGGAUAGCGGAGACCCUUCAGUACAUCCUGGACAGGUACUCAAAGGACAUUCAGGACCUGCUUGUUCAGAACGUUUUCCUCACUGGUGGAAACAUGAUGUACCCUGGGAUGAAAGGUAGAAUCGAGAAGGAGCUGUUGGAGAUGAGGCCCUUCCAGUCUGCUUUUAAGGCCUGCUGUUCUCACUCUUCUGCUGUCUGGUGGGAUUCCAGGGCUUGGCCUUGAGCAUGGAGAGAGCCUCCUUACUGACAAUUUCUAGUGAAAAGAACCUCAGAAAAGAAGGAGGUGUUCCCUCUUGCCCUGAAAGUUUGGAAAAGCAGACACUCUCCGGAGAAUAGCAGAAAGCCCUUUCCAAGAGCCUGUUCGGAGAAAAUGUGGGACUCCUCCUGCUCUGAUUUUGGCUGCAAAUGUUACUUGAAACAAAGGACUCUUUAUCAUCUGGGUUUCAGAGAGAUGUAAUCAUAUGCUGUAAAAAAAAAUCUUUAAAAAAGAUGGCAUCUCUAAAAUAAAAAAUAUUAAUCCACAG